CCUGAGCCUGCUCCACACAUGGUUAACAUCCCCGGAUGAGUAUACUUGUCCUGGGCCAUCAUCAGUUCUUCUCAGUCUCAAUAUGGAUGUAACUGGUGGAAUGGGCAAUAUCCAGCCGAUCCCUCAGCAUCCAGUUGUUAAUGGAUCCGUCACCCUGAGUGUUACUGGGAUUACUGAGGAAAUCACAAAUUUCAUCUGGUAUAAGGGACCAGACAAGGCUCCUAAGAAAGAAAUCUUGUCAUACUUUCCUGGUAAUAGUACCAUGAUUCCUGGACCCCUGAAUAGAUCUCAGGUCACACCGUACAUGAACGGAUCACUACAGAUCCAAAAUCUUCAACUUACGGAUGGUGGAAAAUACACAGUGACGAUACAGACAGUAACAUUGGUAGAGGAUAUAAAUGUGAUGCUCGGAGUCUAUGAGCCGGUCACUAAAACGAAAAUCACAGCGUCCACCACCCAACCCCAUGCAAAUGACAUAUUCACCCUAACUUGUCACACCUCACAUGCUACCACCAUAAAGUGGACCAGGCGUGGUACCAACAUCUCCUCUGAAACCAGUUUAUCUGCAGAUAACAAGACUCUCGUAUUUCCCAACAUUAAAGAAGAAGACUCAGGGGAAUACCAGUGUGAAGCUCAGAACCUGGUCAGUGAGGACAUCAGUGAUCCCUAUGGACUGGAUGUGUAUUUCCUCUCCUCAAUGACAAUGGAUGCGACCAGUGGAAUGAUCAGUAUCCAGCUGAUCCCUCAGUAUCCAGUUAUUAAUGGAUCCGUCACCCUGAGUGUUACCGGCAUCACUGAGGACAUUGUAAGCUUCAUCUGGUAUAAAGAACCGAAACCAGAUCCUCAGUACCACAUCCUGACCUAUAUACCUGGCAGUAGUAACAUGGCAGGUCCUGAAAGUUCGUACAACUCUAGGAUCACAGCCUUCAAUAAUGGAUCUUUACAUGUCAAAGAUCUUCAGAUCACAGAUGAGGGCAACUAUAAAGUGAGGAUACAGACCGUGAAAUCAGCAGAAACGAUGGCUGUGACCCUGGCUGUCUAUGAACCAGUCAUUUGGCCCAAGAUCACAGCGUCUUCCCCCCAGCCCAAGGAAAAUGACCCGUUCAACCUAACUUGUGCCACCUUACAUGCUUUGAUGGUAACAUGGACCAGGCGUGGGACCAGCAUCAACUAUGAAGCAGAGUUAUCUGGAGAUAACAAGACUCUGACCUUCUCCAAUAUUAGACGAGAGGACUCUGGAGAAUACCAGUGUGAGGCUCAGAACCUUGUCAGUAAGGCUUCCAGUGAUCCCUACGCCAUUACGGUGGCCUAUGGCCCACAUGAGGCCCAAAUAGAAGGCCCGUUAUUUGUGAGGCCUGGGUCUCCCAUCACAUUGACAUGUUCUGCUGAUUCUUUCCCAUCUCCUGAAUACCAAUGGAAAGUCAAUGAUACUGAUUUGAAUGAAAGUAACAACAAACUUAAUGUUAAUAAUACUACGACUGAGAAUCAAGGGCUGUACAUGUGUGUGGUGAGGAACCCAGUGACUGCCCGAAAUGCCACUGCCUCUGUAUAUGUGAAUGUGACUUCAGAACUCCAAACUUAUGAGGAUUUAAUUAUAGCUGCGUUUAAAGCUGGACUCUCCCUUGUUUCUGUUGUUGUCUUGGGUGUUGCUAGUAUUAUUGGUGGUUUCUUCCUCUGCAAAAAAUUGAGGACAAGGAGAAGGGAUGAGGCAACAGAGAAUACACAAGGAGAAAACCCUGUUUAUGAAAAUAUGUGGGACAAGGAAACGGCCGAGCAACCAAAGGAAGAAUCCUCAUACAUGGAUCAAGUUCCGGAGUCAAUGAGGAACUAUACGGAAGGACCCGCGGAGUGCAGGCAGAAGAUGGCGGUGAUGACGCAGGUAAAAAAGAAGAUGAAGGGAGGACGGCGUGUCGGGAAGGUUCCAACAGUGGCAGAUGGUAAAAGGGACGAGCUGAGAUGCCGGACAGUUCUCCUCGGCCUCACAAUGGAUGUGACCAGUGGAAUGGGCCGUAUCCAGCUGAUCCCUCAGUAUCCGAUUAUUAAUGGAUCCGUCACCAUGAGUGUUACUGGGAUUACUGGGGACAUUCAGGUUGCCACCUGGUUUAAAGGACCAAAUCCAUCUUCUCAGUAUUCGAUCCUGGCAUAUUUUCCUGGUAGUUUUUCCUCAUUAGUUUCUGGACCUCUGUACAGUCCUAGGUUCUCAGCUUUCAAUAAUGGUUCAUUACAGAUCAAAGAUCUUCUUAUCACUGAUCAAGGGAAUUAUAUAGCGAGGAUACAGACAGGGACACAAGAAGACAUAGCUGUGACCCUGACUGUCUAUGAGCCGGUCACUAAACCUAAAAUUACAGCACCCUCCAACCAACCCAAAGAAUUUGAAAGAUUCGCCCUAACCUGCGACACCUCACAGGCCAAUACGAUAAGAUGGAGCAGACGUGGUGGCAGCAUCUCCCCCAUCACCACGUUAUAUGGAGAUAACAAGACUCUGCUCUUCUUUUAUUUAAAACGAGAAGACGCAGGAGAAUACCAGUGUGAGGCUCAGAACCUUGUCAGUAAGGAUUCCAGUGAUCCCUACAAAGUCACUGUGGCCUAUGGCCCAGACUAUGUGAAAAUAGAAGGGUCGUCCUAUGUGAGGCCGGGUUCUUCCAUCACUUUAUCAUGUUCGGCUGAUUCUUUCCCAACUCCUGAAUAUCAGUGGAAACACAAUAACACUGUCCUAGAGGAAAAAACUAACAAAUAUAGUAUUAGUAGUGCUAUAAAUGAGAAUGAAGGCCUGUACUGGUGUAUAGUGAAGAACACAGUGACUGCCCGCACGGCUUCUGUCUCUAUAUACGUGAAUGUGACUGAUGGUAAUCCCAUGGGACUUAUACUUGGACUUGCCUUUGCCAUAAUAUUUGGAGCUCUAUUAAUAAUUAUUGGAAGUGUCUGGUUAUACAGGAAACGUGUGACCAAGAGGAUGAAUGAGUCAUCGGAGAAUAGAAGGGAAGACAUCCCUGUGUAUGAAAAUGUGAAGGCAGCGCAACCAAAGGAAGAAUCCUUAUAUACGGGUUUGCAGUUCAGACAUGAGGACACAUACACAGAACUGAAGAAAUAAGAGACGGUGAUCACUAUCACACGAGAAUCUCUGUACACAUUAGAAGUCAAUGACAGCGACGCCCAACCCCCAAGACUGACUGAAGUCACCAUAACCUCCAUCUUCUUCUCAGGUCAUACUUUUGGUCUGGGAAACCAAGAUGUAUUCACUGGAGCAGUCCUUGUGUAUACAGAGCGGGAGUGAAGGGACAGGGAGGCCGCAGGUGAACACAAAAGCAGAGGACCACACACAACUGCAUCCUGCAUCUCCGCUUCCCAAACUCUGGUGAUACUGAUGUGGUAGGAGGAUGAGCUGUAACUUCAUGAUUUAUUAUGGAUUUAUGAAAUUCAGAUCCGUCUGAUGAAGAUCUCAUUCCCUUCCUAUCAUCACUAAGAGGAAGAAGCAUUUUAUAACCUGAUGUUCAUGGUUUAGAACAAGAUGGAAAUAUCUAUGAGCUCCAAGGAGACUGAACCGUGUAUCAGAUUGUGAUGUCCAGGAUUCUCCUCUUCUCUUGUAAAUGGAUAUUUUAGGGAAAUGCUUACAGUAAAAAUUUAAGCAAAUCUAAGGAGAAACAAAUCACUAAUAUACAGGACAUGUGCUCCUCAAUGUACAGACUGACAGCCAUAGGCAGCCAUUGUGGACGCUGUGGAAACUGUCCCUGGUCAUCUAGUCACUGCUGAAUUUAUAGUCACAUAUGUCUUUGUUUCCCGUCUCCUUAUGUUCUAUUGUAUAAUACCUCUUUUAUUUUUUUAAUAAAAAUUUAGAAAUUUAGGAAUUUUUUUCCUGUCUCUUCUGUCUAGAUCCGAUCCUCUAUUAAUUGGAAAGAUGCCUG